UUGCGCUUUGUGAUUGGUCCGGUGGCUUCUGGGAUCUGUCAUGUGUCCCAGGUACCGCCUUACCAUUCACAAAAAGCACCGUUUCUAGCGCAUGCGCACUUGGCACCCGGCUGUCAAGCCCAGCACCCACACUACAGAAGCCGGGAAGACAGCGCGCCGCUGGAUAGAGGAACAGGUAAGGUCCAGCUGCAGAGCUGAGUGGCCGGCCCGGUAUUCUGACACGGCGGCGGUGGAAAUACCGGACCGGACGCUCCAUAUUCGCUCCAUAAGACGCACUGACAU